AUGUCGAUGGAUGGAUAUCAUUCUGAUGGGCCUCACACGACCAGUGAAUAUUUUUGGAAUUUAGACAGAAUAUACAGAAAAGAAGGCGAAUUCAGGACCUGUGCACCGGGCACUGAAAUAGACGCAUACAUCAUUGACUGUGGAAUUCAUCCUAAUCACUCUGAAUUCCUAGAUGGUGAGGGGAAAUCUAGAGUGAAGAAAGGGUGGCACUAUAAGAAUGAUUCCAAUAAUGAAGUUGGCGGAUGGCACGGCACCUUUGUGGCUAGUGUCUUAGGAGGUAAAAUCUGUGGAGUAGCCAGGAAUGUGAACCUCAUUGACGUCACGGUGUGCAUGAAUGAUACUGAAUUUUGUUUGUCGACUAUCGAAACUGCAGUGAAUUGGAUAACGAAACAGGUUCAAGGCAACGGUGUCCUGUCAGUAAUUAAUAUGUCAUUCGGAACUGAGUUUCCCCGGUCUUUCGUCAUUGCCGUGAAAGCGGCAUUGAAUGCAGGCAUUCCAGCCGUGGCCUCCGCUGGGAAUCACAACGAGUCCGAUCCGUACGAUAACACUGAUUCGUGUCGAAGAUCCCCAGCAAAUAUAACCAGGGCCAUUACAGUUGGCGCCACCAACAAAGCUGAUUCCUUGUCUGCAUUCAGUUUCUUAGGACCUUGCGUCGAUAUUUACGCUCCAGGGACGAAUAUUAUAGGAGCCUAUUACGAAGUCGACUCCAAGUAUGGGAUUGCUAAUGGGACAUCAUUUGCAGCACCUCUCGUCGCCGGUGUAGUCGCAGGAAUGCUGCAGGUGUUUCGCGAUGCUAAGUACUACACAAAACCGUCGAAAGACGUUGUUAAGGACAUUAACAAGUACAUCAUCAAGUAUGCGGAGAAGAACGCAGUGAAGGGCCUCCCGAAGGGCAACAACAACUAUAUGCUUCAGACCACCGGUCUGUAUACUGUUGCUAAUGCUACGGCUUCUUAA